CAGAGGUUAUUCAGUCUGUCUACACACGCCGCAGGGUCUACCCUGAUAAUAUUAAGAGCUGAGCUGAGCGAGUGAUAAUCUUAUCAAAAUUGCAAUAACAAGUAUGGCAACAACAUCAAGCGCACCCGGCAAGCUUGUAAGUAAUGUCGCCAUCGGGAUUGGUGUCGCGCUCGCCUCUGGCUUCAGCUACUGGUACUAUUUGCAGUGGAAGAAACGCAAUGCUGUGCCCGAGAAAUGGCGUCGUAUUGGCACUUUGGACCAAAUCAAUAUAUUUCCCAUAAAAUCCUGUGCACCUUUAAAGCUAGACGCUGACACCGCCGUCGAAUGCGAUAUACUUGGCUUGAGGCUUCACGGUUGCCGUGAUCGUGCACUCAUGUUGAUCAACGACGCCAAUGAAAUGAUAACCGCACGAGUUUAUCCACGUUUGGUGCUGAUUGCUACAAAGUUGGUGGCACCACAAAGGCUGGCUUUGACAGCACCGGGCAUGGAAACGAUUGAAUUGGAUUUGGCAAGUUUAAAGCCGGAAGGCAUACAACUUAGGACCAUGGUAUGGAGCACACCGGUAAAUGUGCGCUUGGUCGGCGAGAAAUAUGAUAAAUGGUUGUCUAAAUACUUGCUAGAAAAGGAGAGUGGCAUUCGACUGGUGCACUAUCCGUUGGAGAAGCCCGUGAAGGCGAUCAACUCACGUAUGUUACGUCAGCCAUUCAUCUUGAAAGAUGAUCGUGGCACCUUCAGCGACGCCACUAGUUACAUGCUAAUGAAUUUAGCUUCGAUUAAGGAAUUGAAUACACGCAUACCGCGACCGGUUGAUCCUCUGCAGUUCCGCGGUAGCUUCCACUUGAAGGUGGAUGUGGAUGAGCCGUACGCUGAGGAUCAUUGGCAGUGGAUAAAGAUUGGCGAUGAGGUAAUUUUCCGUGUGGUGGCACCUUGCACUCGUUGCAUUUUCCCAAAUAUAAAUGUGCAUACAGCAAUGCGUGAUCCCGAUGGCGAGCCGCUCAAUACCUUGAAGAAGUAUCGUUUGUUCAAAGGCUAUGCAACGCCGGCAAUUGGUAUUCACUUGGGCUUGCGCGCGGCGGGUAGUAUCAAGAAGGAUGCAGUGGAUUGAGAAUAUUUCCUUAUUUACAUAUACAUAUGAAUUGUACUU